AUGUCGGAUGAUCGGGACGCGCCUGGGACCUCUCAGCCUCUCGACCAGGUCACCUCAGUCGACUCGAAAACUCUAUACGUCGUGCCUGUGCCCGAGAGCACGACCACCGCGGCCCUCACGCAGGCCUUUUCACAGUUCGGCACACUUGCGUACGUCCGCGUGCUACAGGAGAAGCAUACCGCCUUUGUUGCCUUCACCAGCCAGGAUGCAGCCGCCGCCGCCCGCAAGGCCACCGAUGGCAUCCUGCAGCUGCCAGGCCAGGAACGAACCCUGGAGGUCCGCUAUGCUCGCAAGCGGCAGCCUCAACAGCUGCGGCUUCAGAAUGAAGCCCAGCGCUGGGCCCAGCAAAAUCAAGAGCAGCGGGCAUUCAUACACCACCACCAGCAGCACCAGCACCAGCACCAGCACCAGCACCAGCACCAGCACCAGCACCAGCACCAGCACCAGCAGCAGCAGCAGCACCAACAGCACCAAGAGCAGGAGGAGCAAGCGCAGGGCCAGCAAGAGCACGAGCAGGAGCAGGAGCAGCAGCAUGUACAGCAGCUGGAGCAGCAGAGCUACCAUCAGCAGGGCUACCAUCCGGCCCACCAGCAGGGCUACCACCAAACCCACCACCAGCAGUGGCAGCACGCGCAGCAGCAGGGCUUCGGGUGCGCCACCCCCAUGCAGCAGCAUGCCAUGAUGAUGCAGUACCAUGCGGGCAUGCACGGCAGCGGCGCAUGGCCCGUGCCCUCCAUGCAGGCUGGCAUGGGCCUCAUGCAGCCAGGGCUCACGGCCCCGCCCUACAUGGCACCCAUGCCCGGCGCCCCCGGGACCUACAUCCCCUGCUGCAUGCCCUACCCCGCCGGCGGUGCUGCUGUAUACAUGGGCGCGUACCCGCCGCACCGCGCGCACGUGCCCCCAGCCGCCACCAAGCCGGCGGCGCUCGACACGCCGCCGCCUCGCUGCGACCAUGACACCUUCAAGCUCUAUGUUGGCAACGUUGCCGUGCACUGCUCCGUGCAGGACAUCGCCGCCCUCUUCAUGUCGGCGGGCUGCCGCGUCGCGGAGGUGGUGCUGCUGCGCGACCGUCAGACGGGCGUCCCCAAGGGCUGCGCCUUCGUCUGGUGCCCGACGCGCGCCGAGGCUGCCCACGCGCUCCGGGCGCUUCACGGCUGCCGCCAGCUGACUCCCGGCGGCCCAGCAGUGGGCGGCGCGGGCGCGCAUGCUGCGCAGCCUGCGCUGGUCGUGCGGAGGGCCAACCCCCCAGGGCAGCGAGGCCAGGGGCCGCCCCGGCCGCAGAACGCGCGGUGGCACGACGGCAGCGGCGGCGCCUUGAGCAACGGCGGCCACGGCGGGGCCGGCGGUGGGGAAGGGGGCACCAGCAACAGCGCGCCGAGCGCCCGCAGCGGCGGCGACAAUGGCAACGGCGCGCCGCCCGGCGUCGACGGCAACAGCGGCGGCCGCCAGCUGCGCAUGACCGUCGCUCCAAUGCAGCUGCCUGGGCAUUCAGUGGCAGGGGCAGCGCGGCCAGGCUGUGGCAGCGGCGGUGGCGCGGCUGUGAUGAGCUCGGCGCUGCUCGCCCAGAUGAGCAUGCUCAUGGCACAUCAACAGGCAGCAGCCACGGCAUCUCAGCAGCAGCAGCAGCAGCAGCAGGAGGAGGAGGAGGUUGCGGAGGAGGAGGAGUGUGAUCAGCAGGCGGCAGAGCGAAUUAGGCAGCGCCUGCGGCGGCACCAGGCAUCCGCGCCUCAAGAUGAUCCGGCCCCGCCAGCGCCACUGCCGGCGCCGCAGCAGCGGUUGCGACAGCAGCAGCAACAGCAGCAGCAGCAGCAGCAGCAGCAGCAGCAGCAGCAGCAGCAGCAGCAGCAGCAGCCAGAGCCCCUGAACUUUCACCCUCAGCAUCCAAGUGGGGCGGCAGCAGCCUCGCCACCCACUGAGCAGCCCAGCCCUCCACUCGCGCCCGGGCAGCAAACCUCUGCCCCUGGCCAUAACAUGUCACACGCGCCUGACACCGGCGCCGCUUUGCAGUUUGGAGGCGGCUCAUCUGGCAGCACGUGCACCAGCGCGCCCGCCAUGCGGCCAGAGGGAUCGCUGACCCCGGUGCCCGAGGCACCGCUGCCUGUGUCAAUCAGCGGCCCCGUGCCGCCACCAGCAGGCGCCGCCGGCGAGCCCGCCCUUCCCGACGCCGGCGCUGCCGCCGGGCCGCCGCUGCCACCGCCGCAGGCCGUCUGCGCUCGCGUGGUGCUCAGCGCGGCGCAGAUGGCCAUGGUCGCCCCGCAUCUUUCCGUGAUCAGCAGCUCCAGCGGCGCCGCGGCCGACUCAGUGAUGAUGGCGCCGGGGCUGUUUGCGGUCGAGCUGUCUGGGAGCUGCCCGGAGGUCUCCCUGGCUAGGAGCAUGUUUGACAGCCUGCUUCACACGGCGUAA